GCCGCUGCCCUCCCCCAGGGUUGUGGCCACGCGCGGCGGCGGCGGUUGUUCCGCUUCCCCUCCGGCCCGGACGGUCGCCAUUGCCGAAGGCUUCUGCCCUCCCCUAGCUGGCCCGCGGGGCUAUCGCUGCCUCCUAUUCCUGUGGUAGCCGCGGCUGCGCUCCGGCGCGGCCCCUCUUCCGGUCCCCUUGCGCCGCGCGCUCGCCCGAGGCGGCUCCUCUGCCUGUCCGGAGCUCGGACGGAGGCGCCUCGCUGGGGCGGGGACGUUUCCUCGCCAGUGGCCUUUUCAUAAUUCUGAAUCAUGUCUGAUAACGGAGAACUGGAAGACAAGCCUCCAGCACCACCUGUGCGGAUGAGCAGUACCAUUUUUAGCACUGGAGGCAAAGAUCCUUUAUCAGCCAAUCACAGUUUGAAACCUUUGCCCUCUGUUCCAGAGGAAAAAAAGCCCAGGAAUAAAAUCAUCUCCAUCUUCUCCAGCACUGAGAAAGGAAGUAAAAAGAAAGAAAAGGAACGGCCAGAGAUUUCUCCUCCAUCUGAUUUUGAGCACACCAUCCAUGUUGGCUUUGAUGCCGUUACUGGAGAAUUUACUGGCAUGCCAGAACAGUGGGCUCGGUUGUUACAGACUUCCAAUAUCACGAAAUUAGAGCAAAAGAAGAAUCCUCAGGCUGUGCUGGAUGUCUUAAAGUUCUAUGACUCUAACACAGUGAAGCAGAAAUAUCUGAGUUUUACUCCUCCUGAGAAAGAUGGCUUCCCUUCAGGAACACCAGCACUGAAUACCAAAGGAUCAGAAACAUCACCAAUAGUAACAGAAGAAGAUGAUGAUGAUGAAGAGGCUGCUCCUCCUGUCAUUGCCCCAAGGCCAGAUCAUACAAAAUCAAUUUAUACACGGUCUGUAAUUGACCCUAUUCCUGCACCAGUUGGUGAUUCUAAUGUUGACAGUGGUGCCAAGUCUUCAGACAAACAAAAAAAGAAGACCAAGAUGACAGAUGAAGAGAUUAUGGAAAAAUUAAGAACUAUAGUAAGCAUAGGAGACCCUAAGAAAAAGUAUACAAGAUAUGAAAAAAUUGGACAAGGGGCUUCUGGCACAGUUUUCACUGCAACUGAUGUAGCACUAGGACAGGAGGUUGCUAUCAAACAGAUUAAUUUACAGAAACAGCCAAAGAAGGAAUUGAUUAUUAAUGAGAUUCUGGUGAUGAAAGAAUUAAAGAAUCCCAACAUAGUUAAUUUCUUGGACAGUUACCUGGUGGGAGAUGAGUUGUUUGUAGUAAUGGAGUACCUUGCUGGUGGGUCGCUUACUGAUGUUGUAACAGAAACCUGCAUGGAUGAAGCACAAAUUGCUGCUGUAUGCAGAGAGUGUUUACAGGCACUGGAAUUUUUACAUGCUAAUCAAGUGAUCCACAGAGACAUCAAAAGUGACAAUGUGCUUUUGGGGAUGGAAGGCUCGGUUAAACUUACUGACUUUGGUUUCUGUGCCCAGAUCACCCCUGAGCAGAGCAAACGCAGUACCAUGGUUGGAACACCAUACUGGAUGGCACCAGAGGUGGUUACACGGAAAGCUUAUGGCCCCAAAGUUGACAUAUGGUCUUUGGGUAUCAUGGCAAUUGAAAUGGUAGAAGGAGAGCCUCCAUACCUCAAUGAAAAUCCCUUGAGGGCCUUGUACCUGAUAGCAACUAAUGGAACCCCAGAACUUCAAAAUCCAGAGAAACUUUCCCCAAUAUUUCGAGAUUUUUUAAAUCGAUGUUUGGAAAUGGAUGUGGAGAAAAGAGGUUCAGCCAAAGAAUUGUUACAGCAUCCCUUCCUGAAACUGGCCAAACCAUUAUCCAGCUUGACACCGCUAAUCAUGGCAGCUAAAGAAGCAAUGAAGAGCAACCGUUAACAUCAUUACUGUGGCCUCUUAUUUUUUUUUCCAUUUUCUAAAAGAAGUGUUUUAAUAUAUGAAAACUACUACUUUUUUGGGGGGGGGUUAAGGAGAUCACCUGUAUAACAUGGAGGAAAGAAAAAACAAAACUACUAUUCCCUGAAGACAACCAAGAGAAAAAUACAAUAAGAUAUUUAUAACUUUCAAAUGAGAACCCCUUUUUUAGGGUCCAAAAGGAAUUGUGGACUGAAUCACUAGCCUUACAUCUUUCAGCAGGCAGCCUUUUAAGGCCAUUUCUUAGGUGUGAGAUUUGUGUCUUACUUUGCUGACUGUUACAAUAGAUCGUGUUGAUUUUCCUUUGGGGUAUUUUCAGUACUUGAAUGUCAGAUUCGAGUAUUUCACAAGUAUUUGUUUCAUCUAGUCUUGGCUUUCCUCUGUAGUUUCCCUUUUCUUUGACUUGCUCCUUUUGAAUUGCUUUGAGAAGUUUUUCUCAUGCCUAAAUUCAAGGCAAGUAUGAUAGAAAUGAUGUAGCUCUUUAAAUUGGCAAAGGAGCUUAAUAUGGUUUAACUUUUUCUAGAAGUUAGGACCAGCUGUUGUUUAAUAUUUCAGUUCAGAACUUGAACUGAAAAAGAGGAAGAAAAGUAUGUGAUUUUUACCUUUUUUUUUUAAACAAAUGUGAAAGAGUCAGUUUUAGAAAUUUCAUGAUAGUAAGUUUGACAUUUGUUACAUGUAUAGAAAGAGGACUAAUAAUCUAUAUUUAUAACUAAAUCAUUGAGACAGAAAAAGAAUCCCACUGACUGUUUUGUCUUCCUUUCUGCCUGUUUCUUCUUCACAUUUGGCUUCAGGAGCCAAAAUGGUUUAUUGUUCCUACUUGGGCUUUUUGAUAAUGGUUGUUGCCACUGCCAGCUCCUCCAGGCUUCAUUUUGGAAAUAAAUUUCUGUAUAUGUUACAAUUUUAGGUUCAGCCAUCUUUCACAAAUGCCUUCACCUACCCCAUGGAACAAGUAAUAUAGUAACCAUUGAGUUUUCAGAAUUUAAAACUUAACUCUUGUCUAUUUAAAAGGAAAAAUAUUUGGGACUUAACAAAACCUGAGUGAGAAACUUGAACUUUGGUGGAUUCUAAAAUAGAAUCAUGAAUGAGAAAUGUCACUAUUAUAGAGAUGCAGCUUAUGACCAAUAAACUGUAAAGCUUUGUUGUGAGUUACCAUGUUCUCAACCCAUUACCAUUAUCUUACUAUGAUAAUUUAAAUAACAAAGUACUUGUUGGUGGAAGUAUUUGACUUCAGUUUUUUUUUUCAAAUAAGUAGAAUAUUCAUGUAAAAACUGGAGAAAGGAAGAAAAAUGAAAUGUCCUUAUUGAUAGUUUUUUUUUUAAGAGUUAAUAAAGAAAAAAAAAAAGGUCUGUGACCUGUAGCAUUAAUUACUAGAAUGCCCUUUAUGCCCUUUAUUUCCUCUCCUGUGUUUCUGUGUUGCUCUGCUCUUUGCUUUUGGAUGAGGUAUUGUCUAUUCUGACAUGCCUGGAGCCACAUUUUGUUCGCAUCAUCCACUCCCUAUGAACUUCAUACCCAUUUGCCAUCCUGCAGUAGUACAAAUCAUGAAUAAAAAUAAUUUUGCUAUUUUUGAAUAUUUUGGGGAAACUAGUAGAGUUUUAUUUCCUAUUAUAGGCCCUAUCAUAUCUGUUAAAAUACAAGUAUAAGGAGAAAGGCUUUUAUUGAUAACAGGAAAGUUUUGAAAAAAUGAGGAAAAUAAUGAAACUUUGAUCUAAAGCACUUAAUGGCCUCUGUUUUCAAUAAGAUUCUUGAUUUCACUUUUUUUUUUUUUUUGAACUGUUAUUUGGCCUUCUACAGUUAUCACUAAGUUACUUUACAGACACAAGCUGAUUAUUUCUGGUGGAAAGCUGCAGUGCCUCUUGAGUUCCAGAUUUGAACAUUGUGAACAGUUGUCUGGAUGCAUUAUGAUAGAGAAGAUGCUGCCAAUGAAAUAGAAAACCCACUAGGUGAGAAGACUGAGCCUCAUGACCACUACAGAAGGCACUUCCAUCCUAAGUCAGAGACCAUAUUCAUGGGGUAUAUUCCAGGACCCCUGUUUUAUGCUGUGACUCAACAAAGGGCUUUUCCAUUUAUAGAAGCAGUUUGGGAUUUAUAUUUACAUCUUUGAUGGUUAUCUACAUGUCCAUUGCUGGCAACGGACUUUGUCAUUAAAACCUGACUCCUAGGUUAAGGGAGCUGCACUGUGGUAUAUUCUUUACUUACUUGGGUAAACUAAUCUGUAUUAGAAAUAGGCUUUGGUUAAUCCUGAAAUGUGUCUUUUUUAAACAAAAUAAUCUUAAAAGGAAUACAGAAUUGUGAUUUAUUAGUUAAUUUUAAAUUAAAGUGUUCACAUCUUGUUGAAAAAGCAAUUAUAUAUGAAUCAAGAUUCA